UUGAUUUGUUAUUUUUUAAGGUUUUAGUACACAAAUAACUACGUUUUCCGGAUUAGAAGCAUAUUGGAAUUAUACGUUUUCUGUAGUGGCUGCAACAGACAAAGGCAAUAGUGAGCAGUCCGAAAUGUCUGUUAAAGUGACAACACGUCAAGAUGCUCCCGGCAAAGUGACAAAUUUUAAAAUAACAAGACCAUCCAAUAUAUUUACGACUAUGGAAGUUUCUUGGGAUAUGCCUUCACUUAGAGACAGAAAUGGUAUCAUAAAAGAGUUUAAAAUAAUCCAUAAUAUUAGUGGGACAGUUACAAAAGAAGUUGUUACUGCAGAAGUUGAGAGGUUCCAAAAACUAUAUUACAUUACACCAAAUAGAUAUUAUAUGAUUGAGCUCUAUGCAGUAAAUAAACUUAACCAAGAUGGAGAAAAAGAUUUGAAAAUAUAUUACGCAUCAUCAAAAAUUGAAUCACAACCACAGGUGUUACUUGAAGGAUAUUCUAUAGAGACAGUAAUAGGAGCUGUAGUUGGCUGUGUGUCAUUCAGUGUUCUUAUCAUGGUGAUUGUAGUUUGUUUUAUUUCCAGACAGAAGAAAAAUAAAAAAUCCAAUCAAUCAAAAUUAAGACAUUCGGAGGAUGUGUUACAAAUUGGAGACCAGUACGAAGAGUUAGGAAUGAACAAUAUAUCUCAUUAUCAGGAACUUGGAUCAAAAGAAAAUCAGACUAUAUAUGACCAGACCGAUAGAGUGCAUACCUUAGAUAAACAAUAUGAAAACCUGAUGCUUAAGAUGAACUAA